GUUCAGACAACCUCCAGUUCUCCGGUGAUUAAGGGGAAACACCUGCACUUCCUUGGAUGCCUAUUAAAAGUGGCUGCACUGGAUCAACUCUGUCAACUGGAAAUAUCCCCUUAAUAGCUGGACCUCCACUUUCUGACUGGUAACUGCAUGUGCUGUGAGGCAUUUUUAUCCUUGUACAGAAAUGGAAGCACAACAGAGCAAACUGGAAUUUUUCUGCAAGCUGGGCUACAGCAAGGAGCAAGUUGGCAAAGCACUGCAGAAGUUAGGCCGUGAGGCCUCUGAAAAUGAUUUACUGCAAGAGCUUAUUCAGAUGGGCAGCAGGACUCAGGAACCUGAGAAAUGGAUGCAGCCAUUUCACUCCAAAUCUGUCGCUCAGGGUCAGGGGUCAUGCAGGGGCCCAUCAAUUUUACUACAAUCUACUGAGGAAGCAAGUAAGCCUGCAACUGACUUGAGACCAAUUGUGAUUGAUGGCAGCAAUGUCGCCAUGAGCCAUGGAAAUAAGGAAGUGUUUUCAUGCAUGGGAAUUCAGCUGGUGGUAGACUGGUUCAAGAACAGAGGUCAUAAAUAUAUCAAAGUCUUUGUCCCAUCUUGGAGAAAGGAACCAACAAGAUUUGAUAAUCCUGUUACAGAUCAGCAUAUCCUUCAGAAACUUGCAAAGCAAGCGAUUCUUAUAUAUACACCAUCCCGCAAAAUGAAAGGCAAGAGGAUGGUGUGCUAUGAUGAUCGCUAUAUAGUUAAACUGGCGUAUGAGCAAGAUGGGGUCAUUGUUUCCAACGACAACUUUCGGGACCUGCAGAAUGAAAAUCCUGAGUGGAAAUGGUUCAUUGAGCAGCGGCUGCUCAUGUAUUCCUUCGUCAAUGAUAUAUUUAUGCCUCCCGAUGAUCCCUUGGGCCGACAUGGACCUUCUCUUGCCAGUUUCCUGAGCAAAAAGCCACUGAUGCCUGAACCAAAAUGGCUGCUCUGCCCUUACGGCAAAAAGUGUACAUAUGGCAACAAAUGUAAAUUUUACCACCCCGAAAGAGUUAAUUGUGAUCAGAUCUCGGUGGCUGAUGAACUUCGAGCACAGACAAAGUCCUAUUCACUUACUCAGAGAUCAGAGAAAGAAAAGUUGAGGAUAAAUCCGCCCCCAAGCAAAGGUAGGAACACAUCCAGUUCAGUGUGGCCGAGAGAGGACAGUGUUACUGGCAGGAAAAGCAGCUCAGCACACAACUUUGAGGAACUUCACACUAAUUCUCCACAGUGGGAGGAUGACAUCAGGAAUUCAGCAAGUGACUGGCCAAGCAUACAUCAAGGCAGCUGGCAACAUGACUCAACUGCAUUACAGGAAGGUCAAGAGAAACAUACAGAAGCCAUGUUGCAGCAACUCUCUGCAUUGUCUCUUAGUACCCAGUAUUCUGGAAAUAUACUUGGAAGCCCUGGUAAAUAUGAGGACAUGGUGGAUGAUCAAUACAAGGCUCACUAUCUCAAACACAGUGCACCUCUGCCUUGUCGUAGCCAAUGUUUGGACUGCCCAUGCUUACCAAGACGUAAUAUCCAAGGAUUAGGUGUCUGUCAAGAUGAGAAUGAAUCAGGGCUAAGGCCUCUCUUACAAUUUUGCAGGAUGCAAACACCAGGAGCAAUGCAACCCCCGCAAAUACCUGGUUUUGUAAGACAGGGUGUGAAAGCCCAACCUGAAAGACAACACAGCUCUCUAACUUUGUCAUCCAACCUGUUUUCAGACAACAUGCAUGGUGAUAUGCAACAUUCUGGAAAUCUGAAGUCCAGAUCAUAUGACCAGUUUCAUUGGUUAGACUUUAGCCAAUUCGGAGGAGCCAAGUUUUAUCUCUGUCCUUCUGAUACAGAGUCUGAACAGAAUGUAACUGUAAACUCAUUUUGUGGAGAGCAAUGGCAUAUUCAACAAGCCCCAUGCUCUUCCUGCCUGUACAAACUGUGUCCUCUUCAUACGCUGAUGUUUUAGCUAUGAAAAGCUGGAUGCUAUUACUUCAAGGCCAUGGGAUCCUAUGUAGCAGAUCCUCUGCAAGAAAGGCAUGGUGGAAGAAAAUCAGUGGUGUUAUUCAAAGCCCCCAGUGUACUGUAUACUCCUACUCUCAACUUGUACAAGUAGCUUUGGUUGGAAGAACAGAAGUGUUUAUACUAAACAGGACUUUAAAUUGCACUCUUUCCCUUCUUUCCAUCAUUUGUCCUUCAGUUCCCUCGGACAAUGUCUGCUCUUCAAUCUAUCAUCUACUUUAGCUUCUCCUUUAAAUCCAUACCCCCUUUUACCAUAGAGAUUUCUUAUAUUGUCACAACCUCAUCUAUUAUGAUUUAACUUCAGUUAAGCCUCCACUAAAAUUUCUACUAUUCCUUUUUCAAAUUCAAAUCCUUACUUCAGCAUUCUGUUGUCUGAUAACUCCAGCAAACUUUGCUUGGUUUAACUAUUUUAUUACCAUUACCAUGACUACACUGGUGUUGCAUUGCUUUAGUAAUCACAUAAAGUGUGAAUGACAAAUGUGCAUACUUAAAACGGUUGGAAUAUGUGCUGAAGAGCCCUGGAAUGUCAGGUCCGUAGCCUGUGCAUGCUUACCAGAUUCAACCCAGCUUAUCAGUGCUUAAGAGGUAUAUGUGCCUUGAGACAUCAUUCACAAUUGGUGAAUGAUGUCUCAAGGCUGUAGCCUCUUGUCGAAAACUCCCAAUUUCCCCUGUUAUUCACAUUUUAGUGACUGUCAGGUUAGAUGGGGCUGCCUCUGAAAAGCAUUCAGAAUUUGCAUCUAGUUUACCAUAUGGUGAUCAGGUAGUUAACCAGGAGCUGCCUUAUUGAACAUAGUUGUCAGAGCCAAAAGCUUCUGGUUUGUUUCCAGAUGGUGGUAUUAUCAUACUCUCAUAUCAUUUAGUGCUCUAUAGAUCAUUAGAAGGAUUCUUUAGAAACGUGCCCAUUAUUAGCUGAGGUCCUGCAUGGCCUUUUCUGUGGUUGUGUCCCAAUAAAACACACUAACCUCUACUGUCUUUUAGGCACCAAUAUAAACCUGUCUUAUUUUCUCAAGCCUUUAAUGGGAUAUAAUUCUGAGCUGCUUUAUUAUUUUUAGUUGCUGCCUGUUGUGCAUUUAGUCCCUUUAUGGUUUCUUUGAAACUUAGUCCUGUUUUAAAACCUGUUUUUAUAUUAUAAAGGUAAAGGUAGUCCCCUGUGCAAGCAUUACUGACCCAUAGGGGGACGUUGCAUCACAACGUUUUCUUGGCAGACUUGUAUGGGGUGGUUUGCCAUUGCCUUCCCCAGUCAUCUACACUUUACCCCCAGGAAACUGGGUUCUCAUUUUACCGACAUCGGAAGGAAGGAAGGCUGAGUUAACCUUGAGCCUGGCUUAUAUUAUAUUCUUGCAUUAUUUUAAUAUUCACAUAUAAGCUGCCUUGAAGAUCAGCUGGAGGCAAGAUGGAACAGAAAUCUUUUAAAUAAAAACAAUGUUUAUAUACUUAUAAGCAAUUCAUUUGUCACAAGAGAUAAUUUUUGGACAGACUUUUAAAGUAAGUCAAAGUGGGAGGAAAUAGCAGAAUGGUUUAGCAAUAUUUUAUAGACUUCAAUAUUAUGACUUUUUCAACAAUAAAUGUGUUCCCAAAUAA